GGAAGGGUAGUUCAACUUUUCACACUGUUUUAAAAAACUCUAAUAUUGAUACUGUUGUGGAUGUCUGUCUCACGGCGCUAUAGGAAACGCUAACUAGCUGUGCGGUUAUUUGACUACCCAAAGAGACAACACGAAGAGGUCGGUGAGUAAAUUUCCUGCCCAGCAACGUUCCAUUUAUUGGGAAGGGGAGCCAGAGGAAAAGAAAACAGUGGGGGAAAAACUGCAGCAUCAGGUCAGGGCUCUGUGUUUCGUCAGGAAUGAGCUGGAGCAGUGAGAGGUUGUGGCGGCCUCAUCAGUAGCUGUCACCACGGCGGGGGACCUUCGGACCUCCGUCUGCAGGGUGGUCAUCUACCUCCAGAAGGACAUGUCAGGGGACAGCUGCCUGCCCCAGCAUCACACCCAGUCUGGCUCCACUUCCCCAGCCCCUCAUCUGGCCUGUCCCAAGACAAAGACCUGCAGUUAUCAAGGAGCAGUGGGCCUGGGUAACAAGUAUGUCCGGCUCAAUGUUGGUGGGACCCUGUUUUACACCACACUGCAAGUGCUGACCAGGCAGAACUCCAUGCUGAAAGCAAUGUUCAGUGGGAAAAAAGAAGUGUUCACUGAUAAAGACGGUUGGAUCUUGAUAGACCGCAAUGGGAAACACUUUGGCAGCGUCCUGUGCUACCUGCGUGAUGGCACAGUCACCUUACCCACAGGCCGCCAGGCUAUCCUGGAGCUGCAGGCUGAGGCAAAGUACUACCUCAUCCAGGGCCUCGAGGAGCUUUGUCAAAACACCCUGCAGGGCAAUAAAGAGCAACCCCUGUGUGUGAUACCUGUGGUCACCUCCAAUAAAGAAGAAGAGAGGCUCAUCCAGUCUUCUACCAAGCCUGUGGUGAAGCUGGUGUACAACAGAAGCAAUAACAAGUACUCCUACACCAGUAACUCCGACGACAACCUGUUGAAGAACAUCGAACUGUUUGACAGGCUGUCUCUCAGCUUCAACGGCCGCGUCCUCUUCAUCAAAGACGUGAUCGGAGACGAGAUCUGCUGCUGGUCUUUUUACGGUCAGGGGCGCAAGCUUGCAGAGGUCUGCUGCACCUCCAUUGUCUACGCCACAGAGAAGAAGCAAACCAAGGUGGAGUUUCCUGAAGCUCGCAUCUACGAGGAGACUCUGAACACCUUGCUGUACGAGACGAUGCCGCUGCCUGACAACUCCCUGCUGGAGGCCACCCGUCGAAGCUACUCCAACUGUGGCUCCCACAGCGAGGAGGAGGAGGGGCCCGGAGGAGCCGAGCUCCGGGAGCGCGUGCGUCGAAUCAACGUCAAGAGGUACAGCACGUAUGACGACCGGACACUGGGACACUGAGAGUGAAACCACAAACCUCCGGGCAGAUUUCAGCUUUUCAGAUUGAUGAUGAACAUUUGAAGAUGAAGUCUGCUGAGGCUCAUACGUUUCUCUUUUGAAUUUUUUUUAUUUUUUAUCAUCUUACUUCCUCUACCACUAUCUAAAAGAAGUCCAAAUUGUGGCCUUGAUGUAUUUGCAUCUGCAUUUUUAAUCUAGAUAAAUGUGGUGUUGUCUGCUCUGUCCAUCAUAAUUUAUGAAUUAUCAUUAUCAGAGGAUUCAGAGCAACUCCUUUAAUAUCUGUAGGCUUUUUAGUAGUGGAGGAAAAAUCACUAAUAUGCACUAUUUCUUAGAAGAAAUACUGUUACAAUCAUAGCACUUACACUCUGAAUCAACAGCAGAGCAUGUUUCAUAUUUAUAUAGUAGAUUGUAUUUUUCAUAUACACAUUUAGAACAGCCUGUCGUUUGCCAAAGAUGAAUCUGUUUUUAGUUUUUCAAAAACUAGUGUGCCUCUAACCUGUUUUAAAACAGUUGACCAUGAUGCCUUUUUUCCAGUUGUGAAGAUAAA